CACAUGAAUCUUAUUCAAUGCAACUCUGGUGUGGUUAUGUGAGCGUGUUUAUAUUUUGCCAAAUACAAAAAUGUUAAAACUAAGUAACUUCUGCCUUACAAAUUCUGCUUUUAUUACUGCACAGCGGCAUGUUGCGCUCAGCGCCGUACGCUGCAUCGAUCAGGGCUGGCGAGCAGGAAAGGGAUUACCUGAGAAUCCAAAUGCUUUUGGUCCACUCACAAAUUUGCCGGAUUACACAUACCUUGACGGCAGGCCUACCCCACUAGGCUCUAAUCAGAAUAAGCGUCUACUCAAGCAACAGGAGAUUGCAGCCAAAAUUGUGGAACUCAGCGGCGAAUUGGACUUUGCGAAGGAGCGCCACGAACGUCUGCAAAAGCAGGCCCAGGCUGAGAAGCAACGUAUUAUACAGAAUAAGCUGAAACCCAAAGGACAUCUACUGUUAAAAAAGAAAUAAUACUGUUAACUUACCGUUAACCUUUAAUGUAUAUUAACUUUAAUGUUAUAUUAUUGCUAUUACAUAGGCAUGAUUGUUGAUCGGCUAACGCUACGCUCAAAACGUGUUUCGAUUUUGU